CAAAGGUCAAAAGCCAGAUAAUACUCUGUGUUAAUGAGGUUAUGGGGAAAGAAAAUCCCGCGAGAGCUGCUCGCCCCUGACCCGCGGGCUGCCGGUUCCAGCACAGCCGACUACGCGGGCGCUGCCGAGGCUCUGGGGGACGGGCUGCUGGGGUUUCCACUUCCGCCGCCACGGAUUCGCUCCCGGCCGUGGUGGUUUCCUGUGCAGAAGCUGAGGAACCUGCUGGUGUUUUAUUUGGAGGCGUGGCUGGCCGACUCGAUCUUCGGCCCAGGCCGAGCCGUGGUUCCGGAAAUGGAGUGGAUGAGCCAGGCCCUGCUGACGGUGGACGCAGUUCACGCCGGGAAGUUGGUGGAAAUCACCGUCUUCGGGCGGCCAGCUGUCCAGUGCCGGGUGAAGAGCGUGCUCCUGAGCCUGGCGCCGAGUCACCGGGAGCAGCGCGCCCGAGCUGAGAAGAUGGAACAACUCGAGGAGUUCUUGAAGGCCCAGGCACCAGGCCCCCAGGUCCCCCAGCGUCCUGUUGCGUAA